GACAUACGUCAGUUCGACAAGAAUGAGAAUUUUCAAACUUACCUUCUUGUUACUUACCAUCUCUAUGAUUCUCUCUGCUGUGGACGUUGGUGAAUGCAAAGUCAAAGACGUAUUGAAAAACAUUGGAAGAACGAUUGUAAAAGUGGUAGCUUUAUGGGUCUUGAGUAUCACAUUUACAAUGGCUCGUUUCAAGCUUAUAUUACCUUCUCUGUUCAGAGCCUUAAAGGCACUCAAGAAAAAGAAAUCAAUCAGUGUUUCUCAUGAAAACUCUGCUAUUGAUGCUCCUGAUGUCAAGUGUCGAUAG